UGUAUAAGGAAAGAAACGAUUAAAAAGGCUUUCAUAUAUAUCUUCCACGGCUCAAACUGUCAAACAUCAUUUUCCAAGAAGCUUCCUCAUCCAUCUUCACCUUCUUACGACCACAUCAAUAUUGGCAUGCAUACGUACUUGUCAUACAAUUUCCACCAAUUAUUUAAACUUAUGCCAAACAAUCAAACAUAAUCUUCAUUCAUAUAAAUGCAAGCAAAUGCAUGCCUUUUCCUUCAUAAUACCAUAUGCCAUUUCAACAACUUUGAAAAGCCACCUUAAAAUCUAAAUCUCCUUAAUUCGAUAUAUCUAUAUCAUGUCUGUUUGUGUGACCAUGUCUGUUUUCAGCCCUUCAGACGUUCACAGCAUGUUCAACUCUCUAGACCAAAACAAUGACGGCCUAUUAAGCCUCGACGAGCUCGUGUGGCUCCUACAGAAGACCGGCGUUCAAGUCACUGAAGAAGAACUCGCUUCGUUGGUGGGUAAGGAGGGUUUAGAUUUUGAUGAGUUUUCCUACUUUUAUGAGACAUUAUUGUUAGAGAAUAAUAAUAAUAAUGUUAGAAAUAAUGGUGGACGAAAUGAAAAUGAUCAUCAAGAGAUAAUAAUGAUGAAGGAGAAAGAAGAGGAAGAUAAUGAAUUGUACAAGGCUUUUAAGGUGUUUGAUUUGAAUGGUGAUGGACUUAUCUCCUCUGAAGAGCUUCAAAGUGUGUUAUGGAAAUUGGGUAUGUGGGAGAAACAUGGGGGGUUAGAUUGUGAGAGAAUUAUAUGUAAAUAUGAUGUUAAUAGUGAUGGAUUUGUAGAUUUUAGUGAGUUUAAAACGAUGAUGCUUGCACAUUGAACUUUUAGAUUAUUAUGGGCUAAAAGUGAUAUUCAAGCUUUGUUGUUUGGCUUGAAUGUGUUAAUAUUGAAGCUCGAUUAGUGGAAUGUAUCAGUUAUUGUAAAUUGUAAUGCAACCUAAGUUUCUUUCUUUGAA